AUGUUAAUGAUUUACAGAUACAAAAUGUUCAACGUCAGUUUUCUACUAAUCGCUGUGGCUGCUCUUGUGGGUGCAGACUUCUACAGUGCCAAAUAUGACGACUUUGAUAUAAAUCCGCUGCUGGAAAACGAUAGGAUUCUUAUGAACUACCUAAAAUGCUUCCUGGACCGAGGGCCGUGUACUGCUGAAGCGAAGGAUUUUAAAAAAGCCAUUCCAGAGGCGCUACAAACAACGUGUGGGAAAUGCACGCCCAAACAGAAGUAUCUCAUACGAACUGUCAUUAAGGCUGUCAUGGAGAAACAUCCCAAGUCCUGGGAAGAGCUGAUCGAUAAAUACGACAAAGGAAGAUCUUACAGAGAUAAUUUCAACAAGUUCCUUUCGGAGAAAGAUAAAUAUACUAUAAACGUUAUCGAUGAAGAUUUUGAGUCCGUGGUGAACAAUUGGGUUGUGCAACUAACUGACAGCGAUACGGAUGAUGAGGGUCAGCAAAAUAUAACAUUGAACCAGCUUAUGAGUCUAGAGCCUUAUGUGGUGGUGUCUAAAACCGAGGAUGACUGCGAGCUCUCAGACCACAACUCUGCUUCGGAGUGCUCAGAUACUUCGAGUGAUGAUGAAUACCAACAAAUCCAACCAAUACGGACGAAACAUGUGAAAAAAAUGGUCACAAAAUAUAUUUUUGUUUGCUUGAUAGGCUCUGUAGUAGCCUCAGACAGAUAUACAGAUAAAUAUGAUAAUAUAGAUUUGGAUGAGAUUCUAGAUAAUAGGAGGCUUUUGGUCGCUUACGCGAAUUGUAUACUCGAUAAGGGGAAGUGUACGCCAGAAGGAAGGGAACUUAAAGAACAUCUUCAAGAUGCUAUCGAAAAUAAUUGUAUGAAGUGCACUGCAUCACAAGAAAAGGGAGCGACCAAAAUCAUAGAUCACCUGAUAAAACACGAAAAUGAAAUUUGGCAGGAGUUGAUAGAGAAAUUUGACCCAGAAGGUAAAUGGAGAAGGAAAUACGAAGAAAGAGCCAGAGAAUUUGGAAUCGUUUACGAACGAAGAAAUCUCGUCUUCGGAUACGUUAUAAUUAAAGUUUCUGAUUCAUCGAUAAAUGAGAACGCAGUCAUGAAAUUGUUUGUAGCUUUUUUACUUGUGGCUGUAGCUUUGGCUGCGGAAGACAAGCAGUAUACCGAUAGAUAUGAUGAUAUUAAUGUUGAAGAGAUUAUACAGAAUAAGCGUCUACUGGGCACCUAUUUCAAGUGCGUUUUGGAUCAAGGACGAUGCACUCCUGAAGGAAAAGUGUUGAAAGAACACAUAAAAGAUGCCCUUCAAACGGGUUGCACAAAAUGCACAGACACACAAAAAGACAAAGCAAGAAUAGUCCUGCAAUACAUCCACGACCAUGAAUCGGAGACUUUUGAUGCAAUCAAGAAGAAAUAUGACCCGGAUAACCAGUUCAAUGAUGUCUUUGAAUCGUUCUUGAAUAAAUCUGACCACAUCAUGAAGACCGUAGCCAUUUUCUUUCUUCUGAUCGCCGUGGCCGUGUGCGAGAAGUACACGGACCGUUACGACGAAAUCAACGUCGAGGAGGUCUUGGCUAACGACACACUUUUCGGGGCCUACCAUAAGUGCAUCACCGAUAAGGCGCGCUGCACACCCGAAGGACGGGAGCUGAAAGAGCAUAUGAAAGAAGCUAUCGAGACUGAAUGCGCUAAGUGCACUGAGACCCAGAAGAAGAAGGCUCACAUCGUGAUCAUCCACCUGAUCAAUAAGAAGCCUGAACACUGGGCUGAAGUCUGCCAGAAAUACGACCCCAAUCACACCAAGUGUGCCAAAUACGAGCAAAAGUACAGAAACUAAGAUUCAAUUAAAUAAAGACAGCGUU